AGUGCAAUCCGAUCGGUCCUAGAACGUGGUUGUGCGUUACGACAGUAUAUCGAGUCCCGAGAAAUACGAUCUCGGAUCUAAUGUUCGAAAACUGUUUAAAGUGAAUAUAGAUAGUUAUGAGAACGUUCUGUGAGUUGCAUCGAAUUUAAAAAUAUCCGCAAGUGCAUUGAACUUGCCUGAAGAGUGCUCCAUCAACGCCGACCAAGAAUUCUCUGUGCUAUUGGAGUCCCACACUGCCAGACCAUCUUCUUCAGAGAAAUAAUGCAUCCGACAGUUUCCUCCUGACUCAACAUGAACGGUUGUACGGGCAAGAAAUGUUAAAUGACACCGCCAUAAUUGAAGCAAAAACGAAAGUUCCUUGUACGAUACGCAAAUACUUCUGCAGACUGCCGAUGUUUACUUUCGGAGCGUUAUCACUUGAUAAGUUAGAACACAAGCCGCGUGUAAACAUUUUUAUCAUGGUAACAUUCUCAUGAAGACUCCGAGCUGCGAUACAGACUCCGGCGCGAUCUAGUGUAACACGAGAAAUACCUGAGCCCGUUUCAGUGAAAGGAAUCGGGAUGGAUGAGCCAGUUCUAGUUCCGAUCGAAUAGUGAUUGUGUAUUGAUAAGUGAAGCCAAAGAACAAACCAAAGCUGAUUUAGCUGCAAUUCUUAAUUGAUAGUACAUUUUUAACGGCAAACUGGAGGACUUACAGACUUUAGAAAGCGCAGAAAGCGUUAUCGAAAAUGCGACUGCAAGGACCGAGUGCUUGGCGAGGAACGCUAAUCUCACAGAAUACUACUGCCCGGCAUAUUUUGAUGGAUUGUUGUGUUGGAACCCGACGCCGAGCCACACGGUCGCCGUCCAGAAAUGCUUUAAAGAAUUUUUUGGAAUAAAAUACGAUGAAACACAAAACGCUUCUCGUCUGUGUCUGGACGGUGUUUGGCAGAACUACACCGACUACUCGAAUUGCACGGAGCGGAUCGCUAAUGUGUCACCCACGGACGUGGCCAGUCUCAUAUACUUGACGGGAUACUCUCUCAGUCUCGCCGUUUUAUCGCUGGCCGUCUUCGUCUUCUUGUAUUUUAAGGAUCUAAGAUGCUUAAGAAACACGAUACAUACAAAUUUAAUGACCACAUAUAUACUAUCGGCUUGUAGUUGGAUAUUAAAUUUAGCUUUACAAAAUUGGUCCGACGAGGCACAGCAAGAUCAAACGUCAUGCAUGAUCUUAGUUAUAUGCAUGCAUUAUUUUUAUCUAACGAAUUUCUUCUGGAUGCUCGUUGAAGGUCUGUACCUGUACAUGCUUGUUGUGGAAACAUUCACCGCGGAAAAUAUUAAACUCAAAGUAUACACUACCAUCGGUUGGGGUGCUCCGGCGAUAUUCAUCACAAUUUGGGUCGUGUCAAGAUGUUUUGUCAACGUCAUGCCAUCGACUGGACCAGACGGUCUUGCGCUUGCUGGGGAAGCGAAGAUGUGUAUAUGGAUGCACGAACAUCAGGUGGACUGGAUACACAAAGCUCCCGCGUUGGCGGGACUCGCGCUGAACUUAUUUUUCCUUGUCAGGAUUAUGUGGGUGCUGAUUACGAAACUCCGCUCGGCGAACACCCUCGAAACAGAACAAUACAGGAAGGCUACUAAAGCGCUUCUUGUAUUGAUACCAUUGUUGGGUAUCACUAACUUGCUUGUGCUCUGCGGACCUAGUGACGACUCCUGGUUCGCGUACUCAUUCGACUACGCGAGAGCCCUCAUGCUAUCAACACAGGGAUUCACAGUGGCCCUAUUCUAUUGCUUCAUGAACACUGAGGUGAGACACGCGAUCAGGUACCACGUUGAGAGAUGGAAGACUGGCAGAAAUAUCGGAGGAGGGAGAAGGAGGGGAGCUUCAUACUCUAAGGACUGGUCUCCUAGAUCCAGAACGGAGAGUAUACGGUUAUACAACCACCCGUCGAAGCGAGAGUCUGCGGCUUCGGAGACGACCACCACCACACUCCUCGUGCCGAGGACCUCACUCGCACCGCACUAUGACUCCAGGCACCUACACGCUGACUACAUCACGAGCGGUAGCGCUAGCGGGGAACAGUCUCCGGUUUGAAGCGGGAGGCGGGGGAGGCUCUUCCGCCUUCGCACCCUGUCCGAGGAAGACGCCAACCCUGAAGCGUCCACCUCAGCCUCUCCCGCCUCUACGUCUCCUCUAUGCGCGUCUAUCAACAGACCGGACUCCAACCCAGCCAACUCUUCAACUAAAUGGCCCAAUGAAAACUGGCUGUCGAAUGUCCAAAAUACCGACUUCAAAUUCGAACCGCCAGAUGUCAAAAGCGAUGAUCGAUCUUUGAACGAUACUCUUUAUUCUGUGAGCCGUUUUGAAAAAUCAAAAGAGCCGAUUUUAAGUUCGACAGCAAACGAACUAUUUUAACUGAUCAACAAAACAAAAUAGAUUGUAAUAAUAACAUUUUUCAUCUUGCUUGUACGUUUGUAUGAUUAGAUCCUACGUACUAAGUUUUUUGCAAAAUAUUUAUCGCAUUAGUUGCAUUUAUAAUAGAAGUUUUCCCGUUUUGCUUACGAUGUCCAUUAAGUGUAAGAGAAACUCAUUAAUAGUGUAUCUGAUAAUAAAAUGAUAAUAUUAUUUUUUCACUAAAAUAUCAUCGCCAACGGUAUUUAAUUAUAGUUUAAUAGGACUUAGUUCGUAAGUUGUAUCUUUAUAGUUCUAAAUAAAUAAUUAAACUAAUUCAUUUAUUUAAAAUAAUUAAUUUAUAACUUAAAGUCACUUAAUUUCAAGACUUCUUUUUGGGGAUUGUAAUAAAUAAAACAUACUAAUAAAAUAUUACGAAUUGUUAAUGUAGUGUUUUGAAUUUUAUGCCAUUUAAAAGCCGUAGGCGACGAAUGUAUAAAUAACCAAUUAAUUGAUAAUGUUGUUACCAAAGUUAUAAUAAUAUUGUAAAAUUUAUAGUUCUAACAUAUUUACAGGUAAGUAAAUGCGAGUAUUGGUGCAAUAUUUGUCUCAAAGCUAUAGCCAAAAUUAAUAUGUACUACAGAUUAUUCAUGACUAUGAAAUUAAAAAUUUUUGUAAAACAAAAUUAAAUGUUUCACAUUGUUUCCCAUGUAUUAAUUAGCCAGUGUAAUAAAGAAUUAGCAACGUCAUAAAAUAACUACCUUUUAUUUAUUAAAUUUAUCUUAGAGCAUAAAAAGCAUUAAUGGAAAAGCUUUAUUUACAUAUUACAUUUUAGCUUAAAAUUAAUAUGGAUCAUCAUUCUGCUAAUUAUUGACAAAAUUGUAAAAAAAAUUGUACUUAAUAACUAGAAAUAACCAUUAUUAGAUUGGUAAGAAAAAUAAAUUUAAUUGGGAAACAAAACGCUAUUUGUAUUAUAGAAAAAUUUGAUAGCCAUAUCGAUACUUGAAUUUUAAAUAUUAAAUGCUUCUUCUAAAUUGUAGGAAAAAAUUAAGGUUAUUUAUUAGCGUUUACUGGUGUUUUAAAAAUAAUAAAAUACACUCGAUGGGCUUUUAAGAUGUAUCUCAUGAUCUUAUGAUCUCCUUAAUUUAUAUUGUUAAAAGUGUAAAUUUAUCUUUAGAAAUGAUAUGUUCCUAAACGUUUCUUUCGACACUCGUGCAUGGGCGCUUACUAUCAUUUUUUGGACAUAUCUCUCGGCGAGGAAAGAACUCUAUAGAGCGCCUUGUCAUUCAGGGCAAAGUAGAGGGCACCAGACCGUAUGAAAAGUUGCCCAUGCAAUGGACCGACCAAGUUAAGUCGGCAGUUAGCGGCUGUUUGCAUGAGUGUACGAGGCUCACCAGGCAAACCAGGAGAAGUGGCGAUUCCUCGUGAGGCGUAUAACAUCUACCCACAGCAAUAAUACUGAAUUACGACUACGACCGCUCUGACAAGAGUGAUACGACAAAGGAAAAACAUUUAAAGUUCUGUAUCUUAAAAGAUGACAAAGGUAUAUGGAACGAAUUAUCCCACCUUUCAAACCAAAACUCAUGAUUACUUUGCGGCAGAAAAUAGGCAAAAUAGUGGUAACUACUCGUGCUGGCUCGCAACACGCCAAGUGAUUACUCAAUUUUUAAAGUCCUUUUUCUAGCCCUUUGCCUGAAAAAAAUCUAAGCUAUUCGUUCAAGUUGUAACUACACCUCUAUACUCCGUCUGUAACAGUGUUUUUAACCUACCUAAUAUUUAUGUAGUGAAAUGCUUCACGAAUAGGGUCGGUUUAAGGCAGCGUGUCGAUGGUAACUAUUUGAUUUAAAUAUAUCCUGUUUGCGAAUAGAUUAGGUAUGUACAGAACAUUAAGAUUUGUCAGCCGGUCAGUAGUCUCAUUCAACGUAGAUUAAAAAUUAUUACAGAAUAACUUAAACGUGUAAAUUCUAUCAAUAAAACCAUAGUGUCAUUUAGAGCAUCGCUUUGGUGGUUGCAAAAUUUAAUAAAAUAUUUUGAAUUAAGCUUGUUCAGUCACUAAAUUUAGCUUUAAGAUAAGAAUAUAAUUUCAUUAAUGUAAGUUUGUAAAGAAUUACUUAAACAAAACAAUUUUCGCUAUUUUUGCUAAAGCAUGAUUUAGAAAUACGUCACGUACCUAAAAUUAAUACUAUUUAUCACUGUAAUUCGUACCUAAUUUAAAAUCCGCAAUAGUGUAAAAAAGUAAAUAGUUUAAAAAAAAGACCUGCUUUAUAAUGUUGUUAUAAUAAUCAAACAUAAUAUAUUAUAGCCAAUUAUAUACCUACUAUCAUCGAUAUAUCGAUGCCUACUAUACAUAUACCGCAUCAUAAUGUACCUACUACAUUAUAAGGUCGGCUUAAAAUCUAAGAUAAGUUACAUAUUGGAGGAAGGACGUGUCUCAAACGAAUUAUCGGAUAUGAUAGCUUUGAUAUAUUUGUUUUCCUCUUACCACUCUAGUAAAUAAUAAAUAAUGUUAUUAUAUCCACGAAAUAACUAUGUUUUAAAUCUUUGAAAAUAAAUAAUAAUUCAAACUAAAGUUUUUAGAUCGUUUGGCCAAGGAAAUUAACAAUAAACUAAAUUUGUUCAAUCUGUGGGUAUGCGAAAAAAAAAGUUAAACAGAUUGAAUAUAUAGGUAUAAUAAAUUCACGAUAAUAUGCUUUAUCGAGACUCUAUUGUAAUUAUUAUCUUAAGGCUAAUAUUGUAUGUCAUAAAUGUAAUGUUUGUACUCUUAUUCGUUAAUAAAUCUUUAAAAGAUUA